ACGAAGGUCUCCGGCAUGGCACAUACAAAUCACGUUGAACCAAAUUGAAGGUUUUUGCGAUCAGCCUCCUACAGGACCUACAGCUGACAAACAGACAGACAGACAGACAGGCAGGCAGGCAGGCAGGCAGGCAGGCAGACAGACAGAAAGAAAGACAGACAGACAGACAGACAGACAGACAGACAGACAGACAGACAGACAGACAGACAGACAGACAGACAGACAGACGGGCAGACAGAAAGGGCAGACAGACAGAAGGACAAUCAGAAAGAAAAGGCAGGCAGGAAGGCAGGCAGGCAGACAGACAGACAGACAGACAGACAGACAGACAGACAGACAGACAGACAGACAGACAGACAGACAGACAGACAGACAGACGAGCAGACAGACUGGCAGGCAGGGCAGGGCAGGCAAGCAAGCAGACAGACAGACACCCACAGACCUUUCGCAUUACCAUUGGGAGUCACAGAUCCAGUUUAGUGUGGAUUACCUGGAUUACUGCACGCCGACAGUCGCUCCAUACGGACUGGAACCUGCUUCCUAUGAACAAUGGAACAGAUGCCUUUACAAAUGUGUUAAGGGUUACUCCUUUUGAUUGGAUCCUGUUCAUAUUACUUUUCUUUGUCUUUUCUUUUUGUCCUUUUUUUCCUAUUUCUGUUUUUCUUUUCUUUUUCUUUUUUACAUUGGAAUUCCAGCGACUUUUUAUAAAUUAACCCAUUGGACACUGCGGGUUCUCCUGUUCUCGAAAAGAUGCGAUCACCAUGGGGACAGGUAAAGUGUUUAAGAUCAUAUGUGUUGACGACCACAACAACCUGUUGUUUUACAUCAUCGAUCACUCCUGGACUGGAGAGUGAAGACUGUCGUUGAAGAGGAGCCAAGAACUGACCAGAUGGACAUUGAGUGUCAGCGCUGGACCAACAACCAAUCCGAUGAGUGCCACUGUACUGACAACCAAUCAGAAGAGUGUGACUGGACGGACAACCAAUCGGAUGAAGUGGAGAGUUGGACCGAGGAGUUGGAGGAGUUCUUAUGCGAAAUCCAUGAGGGCUGUGCUACUGACCCCUACAGACAUCCUCAGCUGGACAAAGACAUAGAUUCGGUGAAGGCCAUCUACGCUGACACGGCUGUCUCCGUCAGAGAGCAUGGGUCCAUUGACGAUGUGGACGUUGACAUGCUAAUCAAUGUCAGCUUCCUGGAUGAUGAAGUAGCCAGGGCCUGGAAGAUCAUCCCAACAGAGCCUAUUAUUGUCCGGCUGCGCUUCUCACUGUCCCAAUACCUGAAUGGACCAGCACCCUCUGUAGAGGUCUUCCAACCUUCUAACAGAGAAGGAUUCAGCCUGGGACUACAGCUGCAGAAGGUCAUCUCUAGCUUUGUGUCCCAGCAGUGGAAGUACCUGAGUAAUGAAACCCUCACGGCCCAACAGAAGACCAGACACACUUGGUUCAAAUCUGGAGGAACCAUCAAGAGGUUCAGGGCUGGACUCAGCAUCCUCUCGCCCAUGUCCAAGUCCAGUGGCCAAGAGCAUGUUCUGAAGGUGAAGAUGAUUGGACCGGAGCUGAAAGUGAAUCGCCUUAUGAAUCGGACAAUGGCUUACACCAUCAAGAACACCAGAGGAGAACUCCUCACGUACACAACUAAUGGCAAGAGGGUGGCGGUGUCUGCUGUCAAGUCUCCGGCUCACAUCACAACUAAACAGCUGGUUGAGCUGCUGUUCUCAUCCCAAGCCUUUAUUCAGUGCAAGUCAGCCCCCACCCUGCAACAUGGGUUCUUAGUACAGGUAAUGAAAUACGCAGAACAGAGAAUCCCCACUCUGAAUGAAUACUGUGUGGUCUGUGACGAACGACACAUCUUUCAAUACGCCUCUAUGUUGAAGCCUGCAGUGUGUAGCAGGGAACUGUGCGUGUUUUCUUUCUACACCUUGGGAGUGAUGGCAGGAGCUGCAGAGGAGGUGUCGAAUGGAGCAGAGGUAGUGGACUUGUUGGUAGCCAUGUGCCGGGCAGCUCUGGAGUCCUCCCGGAAGAGCAUCAUCUUCGAGCCAUACCCCUCUGUGGUCGACCCAUUCAACCCCAAGUCUCUGGCCUUCAGUCCCAAGAAGAAGAGCUACGAUCGACUGCAGAAAGCUCUGGACAGCAUCAUGACCAUCAGGGAGAUGACCCAGGGUCCGUAUUCAUCAAUCAAGAAACAGAUGGACACCAUAGAUCCUCUUGCUCACCCUCUGCUUCAAUGGAUCACAUCAAGCAACAGAUCGCAUAUUGUCAAGCUCCCGCUGAACAGGCAACUGAAGUUCAUGCACACUCCACAUCAGUUCCUGUUGACCAGUAGCCCUCCUGCUAAAGAAGCACGCUUCCGGGUCGCUAGGAAACUAUAUGGCAGCACCUUCGCAUUCCAUGGUUCCCACAUAGAGAACUGGCAUUCUAUUCUGAGAAAUGGACUUGUCAACGCCUCAUGCACAAAACUGCAGCUGCAUGGUGCUGCGUACGGGAGGGGUAUCUACCUGAGUCCUGUCUCUAGCGUCUCAUAUGGAUACUCAGGAAUGGGUAAAGGACAGCACCACGUGACCACCAAACAGGAGCUGGGCAAACGUUACAACCGUAUCAACACCGUACAACAGGAAAGACAGGGCCAGUCCAGGUUUCUUCAGAGCAGGAAUUUAAACUGCAUUGCACUUUGUGAAGUGAUAACAUCAAAGGACCUUCAGAAACAUGGGGACACGUGGGUGUGUCCAAUAUCCGACCACGUCUGUACACGAUUCUUCUUUGUGUAUGAGAACGGCCAGGUGGGAGAUGCCGACAUCAACACCCAGGACAUAAGGAUUGAGCAAGACAUAAUACGGGCGAUUGAGACUAAGCCUAUCUGAGGAGGACAUGUGAGACAAAGCUUUAAGUACAGUAUGGCUGGAGACAGCUAUAUGUAGAGUAAAGCUCUGGCCAGGGAUACACAGCUAUAUGUAAAGUAUAGAUCUGUCAGGAGAUACACAGCUAUAUGUACAGUAUGGGUCUGGCUGGGGAUACACAGAUGGACCCAGGGAGAAUAGGGGACUCUUGCCAUUUAAACACUACUGAAACACUACUACAAUGCCGCAGAGCUGUGCUGCACUGGCCUGGUUACACAUGGACCACAUAAAUCAGGUAUCUGAAUAUCGUAUGGACCAAUGAGGUACUUUGAAUAUCAUAUAUGGUCCAAUGGGGAACUUGGAACAUCGUAUGGACCAACCCUGAAUAUCACAUGAACCAAUGGGGAACUCUGAAUAUCAUAUGAACCAAUGGGGAGCUCUGAAUAUCAUGUGAACCAAUGGGGAACUCUGAAUAUCAUAUGAACCAAUGGGGAACUUGGAACAUCGUAUGGACCAACCCUGAAUAUCACAUGGACCAAUGGGGAACUCUGAAUAUCAUAUGAACCAAUGGGGAACUCUGAAUAUCAUAUGAACCAAUGGGG